CCAGUAUCCCAGUUAUUGACUGGGAGGAGACAGCGUCUCACACGGGCACUGGGGACGCACUGAUCGCCCAGAAACGUGGGGGGCACGGAAGAAGCCUGGGCAAUGGGGCAUUGGAGCAGACCCACGCUACGCAGGCAAAUCAAUCGCUCUGCCUGCUCCUGAUGGGGCCGGGAGAUCUGCCAAUGGCAUGAGCGGGGAGGAGGAGCCUCUUCCCUCACCCCCCCGCCCCCCACAGCCCCCUUCCUCCCAGCCCCAGCAUUGUCUGUGGAUUUUAACCCCCGCAGGCCCUGGCGCUGAGCACGGGGGAUAUGGAGAAGGUGGAGUCUGUGACGUACCCUGACUUUCUGGUCGAUACUGAGAGCAAUGGCCCCUUUCCACUGGAGGAUCCCAGCGAGGAGAGCUUCCCGCUGGCGCACUCGGCCGAGUUCUCGUGGAUGGAGCGAGGGGAGGAGCUAUGUGACGCCGACUCAGAUGAGCGGGAGGAGCUGAGAGUUGUCCUGACAGAUGACGGGGCCCUGAGUGAGGACGAGGAGGCUGAUGAUGUGCAGGAGCAGGAUGACGAUGAUGGGGAGCCAGAAGGGCCAUUCUCAGCCCACUCCGAAGGGGACGAUUCCUGUGGGAGCUCUGAGCGGCCACAGGGUAGAUGGCGUGAUGCAGGUGCGGGUGAGCAGGCCUGCGAUGCAGAGGAUAAGCCGUUCCGGUGCUCUGAGUGUGGCAAGGGGUUUGCCCAGAGCUCCAACCUGAUCAAACACCAGCGGGUCCACACCGGGGAGCGGCCCUACCGCUGCCACCAGUGUGGCAAAGCCUUCACCUGGAGCUCAUCGCUGCUGGAGCACCAGAAAUCUCAUGCUGGCGAAAAGCCCCACAGCUGUCCGGAGUGCGGGAAGAAAUUCAGCCGUGGCUCCACCCUGCUGGAGCACCAGCGCAUCCACACCGGCGAGAAGCCUUUCCGCUGCCACCAGUGCGGCGCCCGCUUCAGCCAGAGCUCCACGCUGGUGCACCACCAGCGCACCCACACCGGGGAGCGGCCCUACCGCUGCGACGAGUGCGGGCGCAGCUUCGGCCGCAAGUCCACACUGGUGACCCACCGCCGCACCCACACCGGUGAGAAGCCGUACCACUGCCUGGAGUGUGGACGCAGCUUUGUGGUCAGCUCGGACCUGGCCAAACACCAGCGCACGCACACCGGCGGCCAAGGCCCCUACCGCUGUGGGGAGUGCGGGGAGGGCUUUGGCUGGAGCGCCGCCCUGGCUGCCCAUCGGGCCAGCCAGCACGGUGCUGAGAAGCCCUACCGAUGCUCUGAGUGCGGGGAGGCUUUCCACCAAAAUGCCACGCUGCUGGUGCACCAGCGCACCCACGCUGGCGACGAGGCCUUCACCUGCUCCGACUGUGGGGAGUGCUUCCUGGAGAGCGCCAAGCUGGCCCGGCACCGGCGCACCCGGCACAGCGCCGACGGGGAGGAGAAGCCGUUCAAGUGCUCAGAGUGCGGCAAGGGCUAUGCCCAGAGUGCCGGCCUGCGACACCACCAGCGAGAGCAACCCUUCCGCUGCCCGCAGUGCGGCCUGAGCUUCCUGUGGAGCUGCCGGCUGGCUGAGCACCGCCGCAGCUGCCGCAUGGCUGAGAAGCCAUACAAGUGCCCCGAGUGCGGCAAGAGUUUCGGCCAGAGCUCCAAGCUGCUGCGGCACCAGGUGACUCACACCGGCGAAAAACCCUACAAGUGUCCUGAGUGCGGCAAGAUCUUCAGCCAGAGCUCCAAUCUGGCGGAGCACCGGCGCACGCACGCCGGCCAGAAGCUCCACCGCUGCGGCAUCUGCGGCAAGAGCUUCGCCCUGGGCUCCUAUCUGGCCAAGCACCAGAUCACCCACACCGGGGAGCGGCCCUACCGCUGCACCGAGUGCGGCAAAGGCUUCCGGCAGAGCUCCAACUUGAUCCAGCACCAGCGCACCCACACCGGCGAGCGCCCUUACACCUGCCCCCAGUGUGGCAAAAGCUUCUGCCAGAACUCCCACCUCAUCAAGCACCGGCGCACCCACACUGGUGAGCGCCCCUACCGCUGCCCCCAGUGCGGCAAGAGCUUCCGCCAGAGCGCCAACCUGCUGGAGCACCAGAACACCCACACCGGCGAGCGUCCCUACCAGUGCGGCCAGUGUGGCAAGAGCUUUUGCUGGAGCUCAGCUUUCAGCAAACAUCAGAGGACGCAUCUCAGUUAGGGGAGCUGUGCUGGGACCUACCUGAGCCGGGGGCCCUGUAUUGGGACUCUGCGGGCCCACCUGAGCUGGGAUUCCCCCCAUACAGGGAUCACCAAGCCCCAUCUCCAGUUAUGGACCCCAUAUGGGGAUCCCCAGGAGCCAGGGCAACACUGGGACCCCUCCCUGCUUCCCCCUUCUCCCCUCUGAGCUAGGGGACCCAAUAUGGAGACCACCAGGACACCCCAUGGACAUGCUGGAGAUCCCAGCCUAUCUUGCAUCAGGGUGGCCCUGGUUGAUCCCUUCCAUCAGGGAAGCAGGAUCCAGUCAUGGCACAUGGAGGCAAACCAAGAUCAGGCUCUGUCAUGCCAGGUGCUGCACAGACACAUAGUGAUCGAGAUCAAGGGCCAGUCGUGCCGGGCGCUGCACAGACGCGCAGUGACUGUGAUCAGGCCCCGUCAGGCCGGGCGCUGCACAGACACGCAGUGACUGUGAUCAGGGUCCUGUCACACCCGGUGCUGCACAGACGCGCAGUGACUGAGAUCAGGCCCUGUCAGGCCGGGCGCUGCACAGACACGCAGUGACUGAGAUCAAGGGCCAGUCGUGCCGGGUGCUGCACAGACACGCAGUGAUCGAGAUCAGGGGCCAGUUGUGCUGGGUGCUGCACAGACGCGCAGUGACCGAGAUCAGGCCCCGUCAUGCCGGGUGCUGCACAGACACGCAGUGAUCAAGAUCAGGGGCCAGUUGUCUCGGGCGCUGCACAGACACGCAGUGACGGAGAUCAGGCCCUGUCACACCCGGUGCUGCACAGACACAGUCAACGACAGUCUCUGGUUUACAUCACUUACAUGUACUGCUUUCCAUUGCCUCCCCAUGCAAUGCAGGACUGACCAACCAGUGUAUUGGCCCAGCCUUGUUCUGCAUAUCUCAAGUGGCUGAGAUUUCACUCUCUGUUGAGUGACCAUUGUACAACUCUCAUCUUUAGCAAAUCUUUGACACUGGAACUAACCUCAUUUUGCUGACUCCUCUGGAGUUUUGUUAUUAAGAAGGAGGGGAAAAUGAGAGAUUGUGCUUUGGAUCUAAUGACUAAGAAGACUGCUAAGUAAUUUUGUUAACCACAGGGUGAAAGGUGAGGUGCUGUUUUAAAUCAGAAAGGAGCUAAGGAGGCAAGUAAUUGUGGGAAGAAGUGGACAGUUUCCACAAGCUUCAAACCCACGAUUGGCUCAGGAAGUCAGCAAAGCCCUAAUCACCAGGCUGUCAAAGACUGAGAGCCUCGUCCUCUAUUCAAAGCGCUAUAGAGGGAAACUAGAGACUUUUAAGCUCUUCAAAUUCCUGAUCUUUGUGCCUAGCCUCCUUUUCCAGCUGGUCCCUCACCUGCAUGUCCAUCUUUGUCCUUUUGCAAAACUGGGUUCCAGCCCUCCACCAAUUCCUCAGGACUCUUCCACACAGUAUGCUACUGGAUUGUGCCACAGGAUGCUGCUGUCGCUGAGAACUUAGCCAGAUUCAAAGAGGGACUGGAUGUUUAUGUGGAUAACAAGACCUGUAUGAUAGUAAAUGAUAAAGAAGUGGGUUUGAAAGGGAUAUUAAACCUCAGGAUCCAAGGUUUAAGGUGAUCUCUAGCUAUUAGGAUUUAGGGUGAGACAUUCAUGUGGGUAGAUGAUCCCAAACAUGGUUCCUCUCACUUUCUUCUGCAGCAUCAGGUGCCAGCCCCGUGUCAGAGAUAAGCCACUGGGCCAGAGGAAUCCCAGGUUCGAAACAGUCUGGCAGUCCCAGUUUUGAAAGCGCUCCCCUCACUAAUGUGCAGUUAUAAUGAGAGCACCUAGGCUAGGCAAAAUAUUGUAGCGCAGACACAGGCAGGGAAUGAUAUUCGUUCCUUCUGCUCUCGGGCAGAUACGCAGACAACCUCACUAAGCACGAGGCGCUUUCUGGGAAAAGCUGUUGUUUUCUAACACGAUAAUCUAGGCAGCAUCUUUGUGAUUAGGCCUGGAGCCUGGCAGCCCGGACUCCUGGGUUCUCUCUGCAGCCCUUCCACUGACUUCCCCUCUCCAUGUCCAUCUGGGCUAGUGAGGAUUCAUCUAUGAGUAAAGAGCUUUUGAGUUCCUCGGCUAGAAAUCCCUACAUCAAUGCAGAGCGUGGUGGCGAAAGACUCUUUUAUGUGCGUCUUUUGCAAGUGAUUUUACCAAAGCUGUUCGGGGCGAUCGCGGGAAUUACAGAUCCAUGAGCCCUACCUCUCCCUAUCUGUUAAAUCUGGUUGAAACAAUACACAAAAAUAGAGUUACCAAACAGCUGGAAGAUAGUGAUAUAUGCUAGUAUCUAACCAGCACGGCCUCCCCAUGGGGAAACCCUGCCUCACUAACCUGCUAGAAUUCUUCGAGUGUGUCAAUAAAAUAGUGACUAAAGGAGAA